AUGGUAUCGUCGGUAUGGCCAGAAGGAUGGCCAAUGCCCAACUACGACAACCCUCCUACCCGAGGCUCUCCUUCGCUCUUUAUUGUCACGCUGGUCAUCACGGCGAUAGUAGUUGCCCUCAGACUCUACUCUCGACAUUAUCUGACCAGAUCCGUUGGCCUGGAUGAUGGACUACUUCUAGCUGGCUUUAUCUUUUCCAUCGGACAGACCAUUUUCGAAUACAAAGCCCUGACGACAUGGGGUUGGAACAUGCAUAUUUGGGACGUCCGCCCGGAAAAACUCGAGCACAUUAGGCUGGGGGCAUGGCUCGUGGAAGUCUUUUUUGUCCUCGGCAAUGCCUGCACCAAAGUCUCCAUUCUGCUGGUCUAUCGCAAAAUCUCCUCUGGAAGCCAUAGUCUGUGGUUCAUCAAACUGAUUUGGACUGCAAUUGCCUUUACGGUGGCAUACAGUGUUGGAUUGGUGUUGGAGCUGUUUCUUAUCUGUCGCCCACUCACCUCCUAUUGGAGAUCCUACAAUCCGGCCUACACGGGAACGUACCGCUGCGGAAACGAACUUGCACCCAUUGUCUUCAGCGCCGCAGCUUCAGUCUUCUCCGAUGUUUACUCUUCCGUGCUGCCCAUGCUUUUGACGAGAAAGCUCAACUUGUCAGGGAGACAGCGACUGAGCCUAUAUGUGCUGUUCUCCGCUGGCUUGUUGACUGCCGGCAUCGGCAUCGCGAGAAUGAUAUUUCUGAUCAAAGUAACCACAAACUACAUGCCGGGUCCACACACUCAUGAUGUGACGUGGUACGGCUGGCCAACAUAUGCAUUAACGGAUAUUGAGGCACACCUUGCCAUGAUAUGCGCCUCAGCACCGGCCUUGAAAGCGUUAUUCAAACACCUAUUUCCCCGCCCACUGUCUAACCUGAACGCGUCAAUCCGCUCAGACCCCUCAGGCAUACCAUCCUAUCGUGCCCGUUACUCCCGCGCGAACAAGUCCAUCAACCCUUCCGGAUCCCAUUUCAAGGCAUCUUCUCCGGGUCAGCGUUCCCUAACACCCGAGCGAGUAUGGGCAGACGCUGCGGCCACUGACCGCGAUGUUGAGAGUCUUUCCCUCAAGAGCAUGGAUACGGACAAGCCUUUGACACCUCACUAUACUCACAUCACCGAGCUGCAACGGAAGGAGAGCCGGCAGUGGCCCGGCUAG